GCGUGUUGUGAGCGUGUGUUGAGCUGUGAGUGGGACUGCGGCUUUUCUGUUGCUUAAUAUAGACGACGAGAAAAAGUUGGCCAGUGUUGACAGCAGUCAUGCGACUGCCGCAGCACCACUGAAAGGGCACCGUGUGCGCACCCAGUAGAGAUCGAUUGUAACUGGACACCUUGUAUUAAUAAAGAUGGCGCCGGAUGAUUCGUCGGCAGCGAAAGUGCUGGAGGGCAUCAGGCGGGUCGCCGGAGUGGAUGGAUCGUGUGCUGUACCUGCGCAGCGAGCCGCUUGGCUCCGAACCCCCGCGGAGCUACCAUGGGGACCGCCCGGCCAGCUCCGCUCCAGGAAGCCACCGCAAUAGGGGGCCACCGCCGCGGCGCGCGCGGGCGAAGGGGCCCGCCAGCAGUUUCAGUUCAUGGCCAUGGCGACCGGGGCGGCCGACAUUUGCAAGGGGUCUGGAGGCGGCCAAAGCGUUCCGUAACGCGGGAAGCGCGGCGCGCGGGGGUCCUCUGGUGUGGCAUCCUUCACCGGAGCGGCCCUGCUGCGGCCAUAGCACUGCACAGCGACGCCUUGGCGAGGACGUGCGCCCUAAUGAGUUACGUGCGCAACAUGGGGGACGUGGGUGACGGCAAAUCCGCCUCAAUCCGCCCGAGACGGCCCCGCUUUGCCGGGCCUCCCAGAGAGCGCGCGGCGCGAGCUUGCCGCGAAGUUUCAAGUCAGAGGGGCCCGGCCUGCGGGGUGCUUUACUUUGCGAGGCAGCGCCCCCGAGGCAGCGUCGCCAUUUGGGGAGGGCGCGGGGCAACGCGCCUGCCUACCGGGCCAACCGGCCCGGUGGCGGCUUCAUUCGCUGGCGCGCCCGCAGUGGCGCCUUCAGCUGCAGCCCUGGCCCUUGCCGCGCCAAGGCCUUGCGCCGAGACGCAAAGCCCCUCAAGGAGGCGGCACGAUUGCGCCUUUUUGCCCUGCGCGGCCGCGCUGCUCCGCCCGCUGCAAUGUUACAGGCCCCACCCUCCGUCGUAGGGCCGGCCCAUUGGCCGAGUUUGCCCUUGGUGCGUGUCGCGUGAAGUGGAAUUCGCGGAGAAAGUAGUCAGA